GGAAAUGUGAAGUGAAGCAUGGGAUAUACCAUCUGCAGCACAUUGAAGUGUCUCCCACAACCCUUGUUGACAAUCUUUCCAAGCUUUCAAGUAAAAACAUCAUUGUUUCAGCUUCUGUGCUUAGCAACUCUUCUGCUAAGAAGCUGCUCAGACUCUAUCUCCCAUCCGCAAGUCAACCAGGGUUCGAAAGACACCUCAGUACUUGCAGUAUUUUCACUGUCAACAGUCCUACUUCACUUCUCCAGACCAGUCUUUGGCUAAGCAAUCCUCCUCCAUUUCAGGCUGAAUUGGAUGCUUUUAAGCUCCACCAGACAUGGGAAAUGACUAAUCUGCCACCUGGUAAAGAACCAAUUAAUUGUAAGUACGUCUACAAGACCAAGUUUAAUUCAGAUGGUACUAUAGAAAGAUUAAAGGUCAAGUUAGUGGCCAAGGGUUACACACAACAGGAGGGGAUUGACUAUCACGAAACUUUUUCUCCUAUGGUCAAGAUGGUCACAGUUCGUUGCCUUCUAGCUCUUGCAGCCGUGUGUGUGUGUGUGUGUAAGCUACUGGGUUACACCAAAGGGAAAGUUGGACAGGUUUGCAAACUCCUCAAGAGUUUGUAUGGCCUUAAACAAGCAUCUCGUCAGUGGCAUGCUAAGUUUUCAAAUUCACUCAUUCAUUAUGGAUUUCAACAGUCCAAAUCAGAUUACAGCCUCAUCAAAAUGAUCAACGGGGAUUUUUUCUUAGUUUUAUUAGUCUAUGUCGAUGAUAUAGUUGUUGCUAGCAAUUCUCUUGACUGCAUUAAUUCUCUCAAAGGUUUUUUGAAUACUCAUUUUAAGAUUAAAGAUCUUGGUUCUCUUCGUUAUUUCCUUGGCAUUGAAGUGGCCAAAUCUGCUCAAGGGAUCCAUUUGUGUCAAAGAAAAUAUACCCUCGACAUUUUAUCAGACUUGGGUAAUCUUGGAUCCAAACCGGCAAAGCUUCCCAUGGAUCAAAAUUUGAAAUUUAGCAAGGAUUCAGGUUUCCCUCUUCCUGAUCCAAGCAUCUAUAGAAGACUUGUUGGAAGGCUCUUAUACUUAACCAUCACAAGGCCCAAUAUCAGCUACUCAGUGCAAGUUCUGAGUCAGUUUAUGUCUCAGCCAACUAAUGCUCAUUUACAUGUUGCUCAUAAAGUUUUGAAGUAUUUAAAGGGCAAUUCUAGUCAGGGGAUCUUGAUGUACUCUUCUUCUCCUUUACAAUUGCAAGGAUAUUGUGAUUCUGAUUGGGCUUCCUGCCCUGAUACACGACGAUCAAUUACAGGCUUUUGUAUAUUUCUUGGGAAUUCACUUGUCUCCUAGAAGUCUAAAAAGCAAUCUGUUGUUUCCCAUUCAUCUGCAGAGGCUGAGUAUCGAGCAUGACAGCAACCUGUUGUGAAUUUACUUGGAUUAAACAGCUUCUAGCUGAUCUGCACAUCUCACAUUCAAAUGCUGCAAUUAUUCACUCUGACAAUGAAGCAGCUCUAAAUAUUACUGUCAACCCCUUUUUUAUGAGCGUACCAAGCACAUUGAAGUAGAUUGUCACCUUAUUCGAAAUAAAAUUCAAGAAGGUAGCAUUGUGACUGCAUAUGUCCCUACUCAUUAUCGAUUGGCUGAUAUUUUUACUAAGGCUUUUUUUUCAGUUCUCAUUACUCUUAUAUCCAAGAUGAGAAUAUUGAAUCUUUAUUCUCCAUCUUACAGCCAAGGGGGGAUUGGAAAAUGAUGGAGAUGUUCAUCCCCUCCAUGAUCAUAAGCUAAUGACUACUGAUUCAUUUAGUGAUGAAGUUAUUUUACAAGAUCGUCCUCGACUCAGUUUACAAGAUAGAGGCUAGCAGUAGGCUUUUAUGUAUUUUUUGUAGUUAGUUUUGUUUGUCCUUUGCUGGGGUGUAUAGUUUUUAGUGGUAGAGUUUGUUGUGUGCAAAGCUGUGAAUAUUCUUUUUUUUUAGCUCGUGAGGUAGGCUGUACAGAGUACUACAUAUACUCAC